GGCCGCGGACCCAGCGCCAGCUGAGGGGCCCGCUGAGGAAGCCGACUGCCCCGCGCCGCGCCAGCCUCAGCCCCCGCAGAAUGUUCUCGUUGCCCCGCGGCUUCGAGCCCCAAGCUCCAGAGGACUUGGGGCAGCGGAGUUCGGCCGAGCUGGGGGAGAUGUUGAAGCGCCAGGAGAGACUUUUGCGCAACGAAAAAUUCAUUUGCAGAUUGCCCGACAAAGGUAAAAAGAUCUUAGACACUGUUGCCAAACUGAAAGCUGCCAUUGCAGAGCGUGAAGAGGUUAGAGGAAAACGUGAACUGUUUCAUUCUGCUAGUUUAGACUGUAAGCUAAGGCAAAAAGUAAUUGCAGGAGUUGAUGUGGAUAUAGAAAAGGCCCAGAGUUCUGACCGAAUACUUGAUACUUCAUCACCAGUUCAUGCCUGUUCCUUUGUAGAUAACAUCAAAUCAUCUAACACAACCUCAGAAAAACAGGGACUUGUACAUCCUACUCAAAAAGGUGAUGAAGAGAUUCCAGAGGCUGAGUACACAGUGAACAAGUGUCCAGCUUCCCAUAACAGAUUCAGGGGAUCUUCCUCACUUGAAGCGAGAGAGCAUCUCCCUCAGCAUUGUGUUUCAAGUCAAGCAGAAGAUACUUCCAGCAGUUUUGACAACCAGUUUAUUGAUAAGUUCCAAAGGAUCACAGUUGCAGACCAAGGUAUACAUCACUUGGAAGAAAACACAAGUGCUGAAAACUUGAUGGGCCUUCGUGAUAGGACUCCUAAGAAGCCCCAUUACAUGGAAGUGUUAGAAAUGCGAGCCAAAAAUCCAGUGCCCCCACCACAUAAAUUUAAAACUAAUGUUUUGCCAUCACAUCAGAAUGACUCACCUAGUCAUUCUCAGAGGGGAGAGUCUCCUGUUUCCUUGGCAGAGCGGCGGCGCAGGGACAAGCAGCAUCUUGAUGACAUCACAGCAGCGCGGCUCCUGCCACUUCACCAUCUGCCUGCACAGCUGCUUUCCAUAGAAGACUCUUUGGCACUUCAGAAACAGCAGAAACAGAAUUAUGAGGAGAUGCAAGCAAAGCUCGCAGCACAAAAAUUAGCUGAAAGACUGAAUAUUAAAAUGCAGAGUUAUAAUCCAGAAGGGGAGUCUUCAGGGAAGUACCGAGAAGUAAGAGAUGAAGAUGAUGAUCAGUCCUCUGAUGAUGAAUUAUGAAGAUGGGCAUUGGAAUUAUCUCCUAAAUCUUCUACUCUUGAGAAGUCAUUAUCUUCCAUCAGACUUUAUAACAAGUAUCAAGAUUGGUGUCAGACACUGUUGAGGGAGAAAACUUUAUAAAGUUACAAAAACGUUCCUACAAAAAAAAGCUCAGUUUGUCUUUCAGAAGAUGAUCUUCAUGUGAUUGAAAAGUUUAAUAUUUCAAUAUUGUGUUUAACCAUAUUGUAUUAAAAUUUUGCGGUAUGUUGUGCAUUGGUCUGAUAUUUUAGUAUGUAGUGGAAUAUGUUUUUUUCCUCUCAAAUGGAAGUAGAUAGCUUCACUUUUUUUCUUAUUCUUACCUCUAUAAAAUAGCAUUUAUUAUGUCUUUCAGUGAAACACUUAAGUUGUCCCAGGUACCUAAAAUAAAUUAGUAAGACUUAGUUCCCUCUUUUUUUGAGCAGUGAAGGGAGUACAGUCCAAAGCAUUGGGUGUAUGCUUACUUGAAGUAAUUGAGAUCUGGGAUGUGAAUUACCUUGAAAGACACUCAUAGAAAAAUGCUUCACAAAUGUUUGUUUUAUUCUCUUGUCUUCCCCUAGGAAGAUUGUUCUUACUUCUGAUUAGGAAUAAGGAAUAUUUUGAGGAGAUGCUAGAGGGGCAGAGGGUUUUUCUAGAUGACCAGAUUUGCCUGGAGUAAGUUGUGGUAUAGGAAAUGCAAACUGAGAGCUAAGUGAAAGGAGUAGUUGUUCUCAUGCUUUACCUGACUGGAGUUCUUUGCUCUCACAGUUGAGGUUCAUGUGUAGUACAUUCAUGUUUUGGUAUGAGAACCGGUUAUUUUUUCAAAGUUAUAACUGAAUUGUCAGUUGUCAGUACAUUGCUUCCUCCUCCCCAUACCCCUCCCCACCGCCAAAAGAGGCAUAUAUAGGCUGCAGAAACCUCAAUCUCCUAUAUAUACAUGUUCCUGUCAUUUUAAAUGAUUAUAUGGUUGUCUCCAGAGAAAUUAUGUUAUUAAAAAAAAAUUCCUUGUUUAAUGUGGAGCCUUUAAAAGUAUUGUCAGGAAAAAUAAAAUAUUAAUUAGAACAACUCCAAAUACUAUUGGUGUUAUUUUACUGGUAUUUAGUUAAAUUUAACUUCUUUGAGAGAGACUGUCCAAAUUUAAAGUUUUGACAAAACACAUUUAAGUCAUAUGCAUGUGUGAUAGGAAGGGCUUAGUUCUAUGUCAUGUGCUAUCCAUUUUCCCUCUCCUUGACAAAAAGCAAAUGUAAAAAGUAUUCUGAAUUAGCAGUCUCAUUAGUUUUUAAAACUAAUAGUAAAUGACUUCAGAACACAAAAUUAUUUAAUGUUCUUUUUCUAUAGAAUGAAAUGACAUUUUAUUUCUGGAAAGCUGGUGGUGCAGAAGGCUCAUGUACAUGUGGUGUGCAUGCAGUCCUUUUCAAGCCUACCAGCCAGAGACAAUCUCCACUAACAUUUGAGUGUUUGUACUUGUACUUAUUUUUUUUAUAUAAGCAAUACAUUUAUAUUUUAAAAAAUGUAAUAAUGCUAUACAUUGUUUUAUAGCCUAUGUAGUAUAAACAUUUUCCCACAUUAAAUAUUUUACAUUUAAGACAGCUGCAGAAUAUUUUUCGUGAGUAUACCAUAACUUUUAAAACAAUUUUCUAGUUGAAAAAUUUGAUUGUUAAUUAUAAUGUAGUCUGUAAACAGUGAAAUGAUUAGUAUCUUAAAAGAUAGUCACAUCUAUACACAAUGACAUUUCCAGAAGAUAUUUCUGUAGACAUGAAAUUGCUAGCUGCAAGGGGAUGCAAAUUUUUGAGACUCUUGAUAAUUCAUCACUUAUUACAUACAGAUUUUGUCCAUUUAUGUUCCCACUAGCAAUAUAUCAAACAUCCAGAAUUAAAAUUGGGUACUUAAAAUUGUUGCAAAUUGAACAAGUACAGAAAAAGGCUACAUUUUAAAUGUGUAUUUCUUUAACUACAUAGAAAACGUUAUUUUCCCAUAUUUAUUGGCCUUUUCUAUUUAUUCUUUUGAAACUUGCUUAUUCAUAUUGUUAUUCUCUGGGAGAACUGGCCCUUUUUUUGGCUUACAAGUUCUUUAUGAAUUAAGGAUGUCCAUCCUUUGUCAUAUAAUUAUUCUUAGUGCGCCAUUUGCCUUUUAAUACAACUAAUGUAUUACUUGUUUUCUUUAGGAGUUUAUCUUUGCAUGUGUGCUUGAAUAUACAUUUCUUAACCCAUGUAUAUUAACCCCUAUUUUCUCAGUAUUUUGAAAUUUUUAUAGUUAUUUUUUAGCUUAAAAAGAAUUUUAUCUUGUUUAUAUAACCUGAACUCAUUUUCUGCAUAACUUUGGGGUGAAAAGGAAAUUUUUAAUCUAUCUCAAGUUUAUUUAGGGAUAUGUAUGAGAUGAGAUUCCAUUGUUAAUUCUUGUGAAGAGUUUACUGAUUGGACAGAUUGGUUCAGUAUCAUCAGCCACCAUUUUCCUUCUGAUUUGUAAUGAUAUUUUUAUAGAAUAUUAAAUACUUGUAUGUCUUUUAUACAUUGGGCUUGUUGCUGGGCCUUCUGAUAUUUUUUUUCCAUGCAAUCAUUAUGGCUUUCAUUGGUGUUAAUAUUCUGUAGAAUAAGUUCUCCCUUUUUUGAAAUUUGUGAAAUACAGCUACAGAAAAGUAUAUAAAAUGUGUGCAGUUUACUGAAUAAAGCAACAGCUGUGUAAUCACAAAGCUGAUGCGGAGGAACUGCUGCCAGCCCUCCAGAUACUCGCUGUGUGUUCCCUCUUAGUACCUCCUCUGUCCCUCAGAGGUCAUACCAUCCUGACUGUGGUAACCCCCAGCCCCCGCAUCUUUUUAAAAGGUAUUUUAUCAGUUAUGUGUUUAACAAUAAUUAGUCUGUCUUGCUCACUGUUGACUUGUGUAAAGAUGGAAUCAUAUCUUGUAUCUGGUGUCUUUCACUAAAAAUUCUUAGAAAAUUCAUGUCACAUGUAGGGGUGUGUGUGUGUGUGUGUUUCCAUUGCUGUGUAAUAUGUGCUAUUUCAUUAAUAUCACUAUUUCUUUAUUCUGCUCUGAUGGACACUUUGGUGAUAUUUCCAGGAUUUGACCAUAAUAAACAUGCUGCGAUGAG